CCUGGGGCUUGAAAAACCAUGUCAGCCUAAGGAAACGACCGACAAUUUGACGAUAGAGAGCAACUCCUUAAACAUUCCAGGCGCAACUUCAAAGCACAGAGUGUUGCCCCUUUAUAAAUGACGUGUCGUCUCGUUUCUCACAUACUUAACCCAAAAGAAACAAAACAAACAGAUAAAUAUGCAAGUCUAACAAUCAAAGCUUGAAAUUCUCGGCCUGAGAUUCACAUACUGAAGUCUCUAAUUUUGGAACUAGUCUGAAGCCUCGUCGACGAGACUCAAUCACUUGAUGACCUUUUUUUUUGACGUGUCGAAACAAUCACUUGAGGACUUAUUUGUUAAAACAAAAAGAAAAGAAAAAGUAAAAUUAGUUAAGCAAUUGCUAAUUUGCUAUUAGUGUUUGGUUUGGUUAGGGAUUCAUCAAAUAUUAAAAUGUACUGAACAGAACACUGACGCAGGCAGGAAGGGAAAGCCCAAAUCUACACACACAGUCACAGUCACGCGAACUGAAAUUUACCAAAUCCUAAAACAAACCCUUAAACCUGCGUACAAGUGUCCGCUUCAGUAAGCCAAAUGUACACAAACCACAGCUCUUCCUCACUCCUCCAAUCCCUAAAAUGCCGAUUCUGCUGAUUCCAUACCCGUCCACCCCGACUCCCACCCGACGAAGGAGACCCCGGAAUGGCCAAACACCCCGUCGGUUGCCUUCCGUUUCAGAAGCGAUGCCUCUUCGUUCUCCUUAUUAUGCUCUCCAUCUCCACUGUCAUCGCUUUUCUCAUCAAAGCCGCUUUCGACUCCUGCGAUCGCCGCUUGGAAGUUGCUCACAAGCCGCUUCAUUCCUCUCUCAACGCUUUGUCAACCAAGACGCCUCCUAAUCCUCUCACUUUCAUGAAGUCUAAGCAAGUUCUCUUGGUCUCGCAUGAGCUCUCUCUGUCAGAUGAAUGGAUUGUAAUCAGUGGUGGACCAUUGUUGUUGAUGGAAUUAGCUUUUCUAUUAAGAGGCGUUGGUGCUGAAGUUUUUUGGGUUACCAUCCAGAAACCUUCAGAAACUGAUGAGGUGAUAUACAAUUUAGAGCAAAAGAUGCUUGUCCGAGGAGUACAGGUAUUGUCUGCAAAAGGCCAAGAAGCUAUAGGUACUGCUCUUAAAGCCGAUAUAGUUGUUUUGAAUACUGCUGUUGCUGGGAAAUGGCUAGAUGCUAUUCUGAAGGAAAACAUUCCUCAUGUUCUCUCAAAAGUGUUGUGGUGGAUUCAUGAAAUGCGAGGGCAUUAUUUUAAAUUGGACUAUGUUAAGCACUUGCCUACAGUUGCUGGUGCUAUGAUUGAUUCACAUGUGACGGCACAAUAUUGGAAAAAUAGGACUCAAGAACGGUUGAGGAUCAAAAUGCCUGAGACCUAUGUUGUUCACCUUGGGAAUAGCAAGGAACUUAUGGAGGUUGCUGAAGAUGGUGUGGCGAAGAGGGUACUGCGUGAACAUAUUCGGGAGUCUCUUGGCGUUCGAGAUGAAGAUUUACUUUUCGCCAUAAUUAACAGUGUUUCGCGUGGAAAAGGCCAGGAUCUCUUUUUGCGUUCCUUUUUCGAGAGCUUGGAGUUGAUCCAAGUAAAGAAGUUGAAGGUGCCAUCAAUGCAUGCAGUAAUUGUGGGCAGUGACAUGACUGCUCAGACCAAGUUUGAGACAGAAUUGCGGAACUUUGUGAUGCAGAAAAAGAUUCAGGAUCGUGUUCACUUUGUAAAUAAAACUCUUACUGUAGCUCCUUACCUAGCUGCCGUUGAUGUUCUUGUUCAGAAUUCACAGGCACGGGGAGAAUGCUUUGGGAGGAUAACCAUAGAAGCCAUGGCAUUUCAGUUGCCUGUGUUGGGAACAGCAGCAGGUGGCACCACAGAGAUUGUUGUGAAUGGGACUACUGGUUUAUUGCAUCCUGUUGGAAAAGAUGGGGUCACACCCCUCGCAAAAAAUAUAGUCAAACUUGCCACUCAUGUUGAGAGGAGGCUUACAAUGGGGAAGAGAGGAUAUGAGAGGGUAAAAGAAAUGUUUUUAGAACAUCACAUGGCACACAGAAUUGCUGCAGUGCUGAAGGAAGUGUUGCGGAAGUCCAAGGGCCAUCCUCAUCCGUGACAUUUAUAAUACCACCAUUUUGCCUCUUAAUGCAGGAGUUGGGCGUAGUUUUCCAUCAAGAUGCAUCGUGAGGCUACUCCGUCAAAGAUCAACUAAACAUGGUGAGCAACUAAUAGUCUAAAUGGUAGAAAUCUGUAAUUGUAGCAAAAAUCUUCUUUCUGUUGUCGAUUUUCCGUGUCUUUGAAAAGAGCUGUAAAUCAUGUACAUGCUUGGACAAGUCAUCUCAGACACCUGUUUUUAUAGUUGGCGUUAUCAACAAAGGUAUGGGAAAAUAUUAGUUGCAA